UUUAGGAAAAUAUGAAUUUCAGCUUAAAUAUGAUGCUUGGCUAGAUUCAGUCUUCUAGGAUUAGUCUCAUUUCUUCAGGAGAACCCGGAUUUGAUAUAUUUAGUGUUUCUAUGGGGUUCCGUAAACUUCUCAACAGAAUCCGCAUCAUGUUUACAAACAAGAGGGUACCAGCAGCAGCAGAUAGAAAUAAGGAGGCUAUUUGUUCUGUUUUAAAGAAAAUCCUACCUACUGAUAUGGACCUUAGAGCUUUAGAAAUUGCUUCUGGUUCUGGUUUGCAUGCAGGACAUCUAGCAGCCGCGUUCCCGAGAAUAACUUGGAUACCUAGUGAACUAGAUAGAUCCCACUGGCCUAGUAUAUUAGCAUACAAGGCCGACUUCUCCAAUAUUGAGAAUCCCCUGGAGAUAGAUGUAAUCCAGGCUCCGGGAUCCUGGAUCCCUCAGAUCCAGUCACAGUCUAUAGAUAUCAUUAUUAAUAUAAAUAUGAUCCAUAUCUCUCCCUGGUCAGCAACACAGGGACUAUUCAGGGCUGCCGGAGAAUUGUUAAAGAAGGACGGAGUGUUGAUUACAUACGGACCAUACUCAAAGAACGGUAUUCUGAGACCUGAAAGUAAUGCAAACUUUCACAGGCAGUUACAAAACCAGAAUUCUGAAUGGGGUAUUCGAGAUAUCACAGACCUUUCAGAAGAGGGAAAUGAGCAUGGUUUACGGUUACAUGAAGAGUUUGAUAUGCCGGCAAAUAACAAGAUACUUGUCUUCAGAAGAAAUACUUGCUUGGGAUAGAUAAAUACAUAGAUUCGAUUCAUCAACACAAAGUUACUGCAAUGAAUACUAUAUACUGUAUAGUGUACGUUUAUGUUUCUCUAUAAGCAAUUUUAGAUUAAUUUUAUUAAGAAUUAGUAACUGUACAGUGUACACUUCGUUUAGAAUCUACAAAGGAUAAACAGGGUUACUCACAAAUGAUGAGACUUCAGAGACGACUGCAGGGAAUUUUCCCAGUCUCUCUGCUUCUUUUCAUGAUUCCCCGCAAAUGUAAACGUUGCGUAAUCAAAUUACUAGGGUUUAAAAAGACUAUAUUCAAGGCAGUACUAUAUUCAAGGCAGUAGACUGAAUUAAAUUUAGGAAUCGUCAUAUUAAAAGAGUUUCAUUUCGUCACUACAGUCUCAUCCUUUGUGGGUAACCCUGUAGUUACCAUUACAUUAAAAAAUAAUGGUCCUGUACUCUGGACAAGGAAAAUGUCAUCCUGAAUUCAGUUUUUUUUAAUAAUGUAGUUUUUUAAUAUAAAAAUAAUAUUAAAGAAAUGAAAAAAAAAUUGAAAAAAGUUUGACAAUUAUUGGAGUGAUGCGACGAUUUUGAGGAAAAUUUUUAGUUUUGCCUAUUUUUAUACAGAAAAUAUUUUUGCUAUUUUGUAUAAUACUUUUAUUAGAUUAAAGGAAUAGACAUUUACUCGUAAUAUGAUUUAGGUAUUUAAUAAACAAAUGUGAAUUAAUUCCGUGACUAACUGAUGUUCAAUCAGACCAACGCAUUUAGAUCAAUUCUGUACUAGCCGAUACGAAGGAGCUUUCCUAUUUUCUUUGUUCCUUAAAUGCCUUAUAUGCAGUUAGUUUCGUAUGUUUUUCAUGAAUUAAACUAGUUAAUUUUUAUUGUCCUAGCACCAUUUACUUGUUUCAAUCGAAUAAAAAAUAUUUUGA